CAGUGAAAGUUUGUACAAAAGAUAGGACAAAUCAAUUUCUGUCAUAAGUUUGUCAAGAUGAAAGUUCAAUAGCACGAUUUCCGCAUAACACUGGAAGUACAGUGAUCAUUAUGUAAUUGAACCAAUUUCUUGACCAGCAGUCGCAGACUCGCAGGUGAGUCGCGUGGGGCCACGAAUUGGGGCCUCUCUUUACUCGUCCGCCUCUGCCAGCGGAGCUCAUUACUCAACCUCUGCUUCACAGUUCACACCACCAGUCCACCACCAAGCGGUUAUAAAUACAGACACGAAACUAACACACAGCCUCGCCAUCAAUUCCGUCGCUUCAGUUACACAGAUCCAUAAAGCAAACCACUCCCAAAAUCCACCCUCCGGCCUCAAAGCAAUGGCUUCCACCACGGCGGCGGCGAUGACAGCAGCAGUCCUCCUCCUCCUCCUCGCCACCGCAACCACCGUCACCGAAGCACAGGGCGGCGGCACCAACACCCCGUCGUGCGCGUCGAAGCUGAUCCCCUGCGCAAAUUACAUCAGCAACACCUCCGUCACUCCGCCGGCGAGCUGCUGCGAUCCGAUCAAGGAAGCCGUGAGGACGGAGCUGCCUUGCCUCUGCAACCUCUACAACACUCCGGGACUCCUUGCUUCCUUCGGCAUCAAUGUCACCCAGGCCUUAGGUCUCACCACGCGCUGCGGCAUCAGCGCCGAUACCAGUUCUUGCAGCAAAGUUACGACCGGAGGAGCAGGUUCCCCUACGGCCAGCGCUGUUCCAUCGCCACCAGCAGGGUCGAACUCGAACAACGGGAGCAGGAUGAUGGCAUGGACUGCAUUCUGGAGCUUUGGCUUGAUAUGGGUUGCAUCGUUGUUGUUUUAGAGACAUUAUAAUUGUCUAGUGUUUGUGACAUUUGUAGAGGAAGAGGGUGGGGAUUGUGACAUUGUUUGUGGAUUAAGGAUUAUGCGGGGAGAGAGAGGGGGAGAGAGUAAUUAAGUUGUUGUGUUUAUGUUAAGGUACUGUGGUUUGUGGCUAAUAGUGUCAAGGAUGUUGUUUGUUGAGCCUUAGUUAUCAUUUGAUGCUUCAAAGUAUUGUUGUUUCGUUCUUGUCCCUCGUAUUGUUGUCCUUUUCUUCUUCAAUGCAACAUUCAUUUCCCUGAUAUUGGAGGGUGUCAUUCCAAUUUUAUCACAUGUCUCCAAGGAAAGACAUUGAGUGGUGAAUGGAACACAAUAGGGAACCGCUGGAAACUUAAUUAACUGCAUCAUUAGUU